CUCAUUCAGUGCGCUGUUGAAGUAGCAGUAUAUUGGUGCGCGUUUUUCAGUGUGCUCUUCUCGCCGGUGUGAUUUUUUGUGUUUCGAUCUGUUUCUUUACGUACACAAGUGGUGCUGUCCAGUCAGAAUCUGGCCAUGCAUUAUUCAGUGCAAUCAGACACUCAGUGAUAUUUAAGUGACCGACGAUAUUCGGACAAAACAGGACUCAAAACAAUGGAUUUGGGGAGCGCAAUCGUCGCCGUCGGCAGGGCGUCCAAGCGCUCCAAAAUCGGACGAAAGUUGUCCCGACGGCUGUCCAUGGUGGCUAAGGUGCCGUCUUUGAUACAGACAAAAUUCCGCACCAGUGACAGUCCGCAGCAACAUGGCAGCAGGUCGUCGAGGAGCCACAGUGUGCGGCACGUGCCACGCAAUUUUGAGAUUACCAUUAUUGCUCCAGACAAGACGCAGAGAUUGGUGGCGGCCCGUAGCGGCGACACGAUACACAACUUGGUCUCGCCGAUCCUCGACGAGUUUCAACUUGUGGCGGACCUGAAUGGUCCAGCGCCCUAUGAGAGAAGUCCUGACCACCCGAACGGUGUCCCUGUGGGCACCGGGUACGUCCUUUUGCUGGCAGGGUCGAGAGCGUUGGUCGACGAGAAGGCUGACGUUGCCUCGCUCGAGGGUGACAUUCUGCUGGUUGAAACAAAACAGGGCCAUUCUACGAAAGCAGGACUUGACCCACGGCUAUAUUUGGCGGAGGAGCUGUACUGGAGUGAAAAAGAGCACUGCGAAGCCCUGGCAUCUGCGAACGAACUUUACGGCAAGCCCUUGCAGCGUCUGGGGUGCCUGAACGCUUUUGAGCAGGACAUGAUUUUCGGCACCCUUGUCGAUUUCCAGAGGGAAACCUGGCAGAGGUGCCUGGAGCUGGAGCAGUGCCUCAAGUCCUGGAAUCCAGACAAAACUACCUUUGGUCACUUGUUUUCGAAACAGUUCUGGCUGCAGCAGGACGAAUACCAGGAUGUCUACCGCAAGAUGAAAGAAGUCAUCAGGGACAAGAAGAGCAACGACGAGGAGUUCGUCGAGUUCUGCAAGCUUCGGCAGGGGGCUGCUCUCCACUCGCUGCAGGCGCUUCUCGAUUUACCGGUUCAACGAUUAGCCCAGUACGAGAGCUACUUUGAGGCAGCCCUGGGAGCCACUCGCCAUGAGCACCCGGACUUCGAGGACCUGAAUCGAGCUUCGGCCAAGGCCAAGCAGGCUGUCAAACGGACGCAGGAGGAAAGCGAUUUGGAAAGGAUUCAGGACCUUUUCCCCAAUGAUUCCCUGUGCCUAUACGAAAAAGAUGCCAUCACAAUGAAGAUGAAGGGGCUGAUUCGAAAGCGGUCAACGACUGCUGCCCGUCUCCAGCGAGCGCUCUCCACCAAGAACGGCAACAACAAGGAUGAGUCGACUGCCAGAGAGGAGGCCAACUCGAGGCCCGAAAAGCGGCAGUUCCUCAUGGAAACGGCCGUCCAGUUUACGACCGGGAUGCAAAGUCAAGAGAGGCACUUGUUUUUAUUCAACGACAUGCUUCUGGUGGCCAAAGCCCGGUCUGGAGGCAACUUCAAGCUGAAGGAAAAGGUGCGCGUUUCCGAAAUGUGGCUCGCUCGCUGCAUUGACGACGUCAUCGAGGUGCAGAGGUCGCAGGAGACCUCCCUCGUGCUAGGGUGGCCCACCACCAAUGUUGUCGCCACAUUUGGAACCCAGGCGGCCCGCGACCUUUGGCUCAGCAAGUUGAGCGAGGUCAUCGCCGCCGAGAGGGACAAGGAGCCGCGCACCACCAACAUUCAGGUCGUCUUCUAUGACAACGCAACCAAUAUUGAAUACUGCAAGACGUUCAGCGUGACGCCUAACGAAACGGCGCGCUGCUGCAUCAGACUGGCCCUCGAGCACCUGGAGAUGCGCGGCCUGGACCCCACGCAGUUUCAGCUGUGGGCCCGCACGGGCCGCGACGAGGCCCCCUACCCCCUGAUUGGCCACGAGCGGCCGUUCGCCAUCAAGCUCAGCUGCCUCAGGGACGGACUGAGCACCGAGGAAGGAUUUGACCUGGACCACUGCAACAACAUUUACGGAACUGACCCCCUUACCAAGUGCCAGUUCAUCCUUAGAAAUAUUCGAAAGCCAAUGGACUUUGCUUCAAACAACGCUUGUGAUAACAAGAAUAAGUCAAAGAAAAACAGAAAGUCUCCCAUGAAGAUUCGCCAGGUCUUCCGCCGCUCCAAGGGCGGCGAGGACAGCACUGACAGCUGUUCCCCAGCGCCUGGAGCACUUUUUGGUCUUCCCCUGUCCAGAGUGUGCACCGCUGACGGAAGCCCGCCCAUGGCAGUCAUGGCCAUGCUGCAACAGGUUUUCCUCAAGGGACCCUUCACGCAGGGCAUCUUCCGCAAGUCGGCCAAUGCUAGGAUAGUGAGGGAAACGAGGGAGCAGUUGGACGCUGGAACGUCACCAGCGGUUCUCGAGCACCUGCCAGUCCUCGCGACAGCAGGUCUGCUCAAGGAUUUCUUCCGUUCUCUGCCAGAGCCCCUGUUGGCCGCUUCGCUCUACAAGGACUGGCUUGACGCCGUCGACGGACAUCCGGAUGAACCUGAGGCUGACAAAUUAGUCAGGGUCAAGAGUGUUUUGGAACGACUUGCGCCCGUCAGCCAGUGCUUAUUGGCCCACUUCAUUUGUGUGCUGCACCACAUAGCCCGCCGCUCCAGUCAGAACCUGAUGAACCCCACCAACCUGGCCGUGUGCGUCGGACCAAGUUUGCUGUGGGGUCCUUCGCCAACCCCUGCUGCAUCCCGUGCCAUACCAGCUCUCGUCGAGAUGUUGAUUUCAAGAUGCGACACCCUAAUGGGCGUUGGGGUAACCAAGCUGAUGGGCGAGGCCCCAGAAAGGGACCCUACAAGGCAGGACAGUGGUGCUGAAGAGUCCGACAGUUUGCACUCAGGUGGAAUGCGGAGGGAUGACUCGUCAAUCGACAGUCUGGAGCGCGAAGAGCUUCUUGGCCCCUGCCCUCCUCCUCGCAAGGACAAGAUGUCCCUCAGCAGGGACUCUGGUCUCACCAUGUCCGACUCGCAGUUGUACACACCUGACGAGGAAGAGUCCGGCUCUACCAGCUCAGGCAUGAGCGGCGAGACCAAGGGAGUGCCCGUUCCUCGCGGUGGAAUCUACCGUCCGCCCCAGCCGCAGAACGCCACCCCCAACACCAGUCAGACCCGCUACGAACACGCCAAGCUGACCGCCACCUUCUCACACCCCCAGCAGCAGGUGGCUCCUGUCAACUACGUGCGCGUCUACGAAGGUUACGAGGACCGAAUUCGCAUGACCGCCGAUGACCAGAGCAUCUACGGUCGCACCAAGCAGCCCAACAACCCCAACUUCCAGCGGCAGGACUGGUUCAGGCAGCGGUCGCACCUCAAGAGGCUCAACAGCGGCUCCAAGCAGGGUAGUCAGAAUUCUUCUAGUUCAAGCAGCUCGUCGUCCAGCUCGAGUGGCGGCGGCGGCUGCGGCCAAGAGCUGCGCAGGAGCGCCUCUGAGGAGUCGUUGCUCAACUCGUACGCCAACGGAGGCACCAGCAAGCGUCCGGCGCUGCACAGCAAAGGUCGCGCACCCCCUCCACCCACAAGCACCCCACCGAGCAGAAGGAAGAUCCAACAGCAGCAGCAGAGGUUCAACCCACACUACGCACUCUCCAGAUCUAAGUCAGCCCACCACCUGUGCUCUCCCGAGGAGCAGCAGAUGGACCCAAUGAGUCAGUCUUUCCCCACCAACGUCACCCACUGCACCUCCACCCCAAAGACCGCGGCCAGAAAAACCAGUCAGCCUCAGCCCGAGGCCGUCGUAGACUGGACAAGGUCGCAGUCGACACCCCACAUUGCGGCAACCAUGGACGAAAUGGAGCGGUCGUACGACUCGAGCACACUCUCGGACGACGACUCUACUCCUCACGUGUCCAGGUCCAACUCGCGCGGCAAAGACUGUCCCUCUGCCUGGGAAAAUAGCUUCACCAUCCCCUCUGGGUAUGACAUUGGUCUGAGCAUGUCCACCUCGUCCAACGGUAGCAUCCGAAGGCCAUCGGACAUGGUCGUCCGAGCUGCUCCAGUGAUGGCCACAGACAGCGACCACGAGGGCGUGCCCCCGCUGCCUCCAAAGCAGAGACGCUCCCCUACAGAUACCAAACUGCGUCACCUGCCGCCCGUACAUGUGAAGGUGGAGGCUGCUGGAAAGAAGACGAGGCCCGCCUCUUACCAUCCGGGGGACGAGCCUCUGUACCAGUCGCCGCGGACCAGACGCCCGUCUGUCCUCGAGGCUGCCCACGAAGAGGAGGAGCAGCCGGUACAGAAAAGCCCUGAGAGAAGAGGUAGACUGAGGAGGAGAGACGUUGGUGCGUGUCAAAGGUCUAAGUCUCUGCCUCCAGCUGAAAAGACAGAGGAGGACGAGCCAUCCAGACUCAACAAGACCAACGGUGACUUCAGGCGAGACUCUUCCCCGAUCCACAAUGGCGAGAUCAGUUGGAGCGUUUCCCAGUUGCGGUCGCUCUUUGGAGACACCAGGCCGCCUCCAUACAGGCCGCCCCCGCGUGUGGCCGCCCCCAUUCCCAGUCACCGAGCACCCAUCACGGCCUUCCACUUGGGCAACAGCAAGUCCGAGUUCCAGGUGGCGCGGCUGCUGGACAGGAGAAGACAGCAGCAGCAGCAACAGAGCCAACAGCUGCAGAAGAAGGUGGUCAGGGCGAACUCUGCGGACAGCACGUCUGAGGAGGAGUCGUACGUCUGAUUAAAUUCUUGUGAGGAACUGUUAAGAGUAACUGUCGUAUGUGAAGAAAGUGAGUCAUCAAGUACAACUGCCAUAUUCUGAAAGAGAGAGAGAGAGAGAGCAAAAGUGAUGUUUCAUCAAAAUUUAUCCUCUUUAAAAUAAUCCCACGUGCAUUUAUUUGCCAAACUCGUGCUGUUCGCCUCUGGAGUCGACCGACCGAGACAGUUUUUCAUUCAUUGUACAUGAAUUGCGAAAUGAAUUAUUUAUGCAUACAAUUUAUUAAUUUAGAGAAUCAACGCCGUCUGUGUGCAGAGUUGAUUGAUACACACACGCAUUGCUGCAUCAGUAAUAAUGCAUUUAUCUCAGGGCCAUAAUAUUACUAAGCGCUGUAUUGUACAUUUAGUUUUUGAGCAAUUAACCAUUUUAUCUCCCAUCGUUGACGUCCAGUUACCAUCAGCAAUUUAGGGUUAAAAAUUGUUUCAGUCUACUAACAAGAAACCUGUCAUUGCAGAGUGUAGCAUAUAGCAGCGUAAGGCAGACAAUGAAGGUUUGCGACUGGUUAGAUUGUUUUUAUUGUUAUUGAACAAAGUGUAAUCAAGCGAUUGAACCACCAACUUGGAUGUAAAUUUGUUGCAAUUGAUAUGAACAAGUGCGCUAUACUUUUUAUAUCUUUAUGUACAAUAAAAAUAAUUA